GUUUUGAUGUUCCAUCAGACGCCUCUAUUAGAUAUAGAAGAGGUAUUAGAAUAGUGGUAAACUGUUUCACCAAGAGCUGUAAUUUAAGCAUAAAUUUUACGCAUCCCGGGUAGAGAAGUUAGUGCACCUGACAAUUGAUUGUUAAUUGUCGACUCCAUGCUAAUCUACCCUAACCCUAACUCUAUCCGUUGCAACUACUAAUACGUGCCGUACAAAGUAUUCACACCUAUAUGAUGCAGAAGUCAAUCACUAGACACUCCACUAUGGAGCCUAGUAAAACUUUUUCCGACUUGAAUCCCUGUGCACCCUCGUUCCAAAUCUCUGCAGAGGAACGUAGGCGAAAUCGGUACUCUGUCGACUGUGUUGACUUCAGUGUCCUUAGCACAGACGCUGGCGCUGAGGGGUUCCUAAAGUACCUACGCCUCAAAAAGUAUAUUCCUUUGCUUGCUGAAAAGGGUGUGAGCUUUCUUCAACUUCUUGCCAUGAACGAGAAAGACCUGUACGAGCUCGGAAUCGUCGCAGAUGGGCCUCGCAUGCGCCUAUUGAAAGCUAUAGCCAGGUACCAUCUUUUCCAGGCCAGCAAAUGGGACGGGGAAGGUUCUGCAUCUGCUGACGAUACUACAGGCGACCUCGACAGCGAUACUAUCACCAGCCCCGCCAGCACACCCAAGAAUAGAGCCUACAUCGCAAAUGUGGCAAAUGGACCGGGUAGUAUGACGACUAACGGUUCGUUUGUAGACUUGCAUUCAGCUGUGCAGUCUAUUCCAGCGACUGCGUACCAAUUCUCGGGCUCUGCAUCUGCAAGCACAUCCACGCCUGUGAGUAGGUCAUCAUCCCAGGCCAGCUUACAUGCACAUAUGCCUGCUUCUUUUGUACCCAAUCCCGGGAGUGUUUCGCAACAUCCGUCUUCGAACGGUGCCGCUUUUAUGCAGGCUAGCUUACAGCCGGUACGCGAGGUUGCGAUCGACUCUAGUGGCAACACCAUCACCUGGAACAUUCCCUUCCAGUCGACCACCAGUGCAAAUCUCCUUGGAAUGAAUGACAGAUUCAUGAACGACCAGAUGCAGCGCAAAUCGUCUGCACCUCAGGUGUUUGGCUCUCUGGGCAACAGUACUAGAGAUCUGCCCAACAUGGACGUAUGGCGGCAUCAAUCGCGCCAUGAUAGUCUGAGUGUGGGCAAUCUCCAUCUGACCUCAGGGCCGGGUACCGGUAUGGGUACCGGUAUGAGUGCCAUGUCAGGUUACGGUAGUUGUGGUUUGACCGACCAAAGCACUACCCUUUUGAAUAGCACUCGCAGUAGCAGUAGUACAAUCUUCAGCAGUCGGCGUAGAGGGUCGAGCCUGUACUUGCACAAGAUGUGGGAGGAUCCAAACACUGAGCUUUCUGCGCCCAGAAAGAGUAUGGUAGGGGAAAGCUUGAACAGCUCGCCUGUUAGCCAGAGGUAUGAGAACGACCCCAGUACCUCUGUAAGUGAAGAAGAGCAUGCCGGCGAUGGGGAAGGCGAUGAAGUUGACCUAACUCAUGGCGAGGGGGUGUAUGAACUUCAAGCUCAGAUUGUUGGAAAUAUCAUCUUCGACUUGGUCAACGAGUAAUGAGAUAAAUGACGGGCGACGAUGAUGUUGUGAAUGGAAGGCAUCAACGUUAGCGUAUACGCAUAGCAAGUUCAUCAUUGGGGAACAGAAAGCGUCAGAAGACGCGUUUUAUAUAAUCGGACUUCGUGUUUUAUACCGAAACAUGGGGGUAUAUCUACACAUCACCAAUUCACAAACCAAAUCGGCAUGAAUGAGCCUUCGUCGUGUCGGCUUUAUUUGCUGUAUAAGAAUUUAGCAAACACUGGAUUUUUCUUAUCAGUCUCCGCGACAACUAUACAGCAGCACACAAGGUAUCAUAUUUGUCAACGGAACUAGGACGUCCAUUUGUAAUGGACUCACAGACGUUGGCGUUGGCGCAAUGUAAAAGUGGAGCUGCACUGUGUGCACCAUUUCUCGCUGUCAUGCCUACUACCAAAUAUUUAUGUAAUAAAGAGCA